GGAAUUCUUGACAUUUGUUCUCAUCGUAACUUCAAACAACGUUAAAUUUGAUCGUUUCUGAAUUUAAUUUCAAAUAAUUGAUUCAGCAUAGCACUUAUAUUGCACUUUAAAAGUUGAAUUGCAUUUGAUAAUUCGAAAUACCCCAGAUACUGUCAAUUCAAUUCGCGUGGUGUUACGUCAUUCAACUUUUUUAUUCUAUUUUGAUAUUGUAGAAUAUUUUAUAGUGUUGUGUAUUCCUAAUACAGCUUCUGUUGGUGUAUAUAAAAUUUAUUAUUAGCAUAUAGUUUAAGAAUGUCCUAUCCUGCAACUGCUCCUCAGGGAGGAUAUCCACAUCCAAACCCUGUGUAUGAUGCCAACUUCCCUCCACACGGAGGCUACCCUCAACCCCAAUACCCACCUGGUGGCAAUCAAUAUCCCCCAGGACCACCUGGACCUGGACCGUUCCCUCCUGCACCUGGGGGAUACCCACCUCCAGCAGGUUAUCCAGCACCACCCAUCACCAAUCAACCUAUGGCUGGAGAUGGUGGUUGGAUGAAUAUACCUCAAGGACCAGUCAACUGUCCAGCAGGAUUGGAAUACCUUACCAUGAUUGAUCAGUUGUUAGUGCAUCAGAAGAUCGAACUGAUGGAAGCCUUCACUGGAUUUGAAACCAGCAACAAGUAUUCGGUGAAGAAUAGUCUCGGACAAAAAGUUUAUUUUGCAGUUGAAGAUAACGAUUGUUGCACAAGAAAUUGUUGUGGACCUUUGCGGCCAUUUGAAAUGAGAGUUUUUGACAAUUUCCGAAAUGAGGUCAUUCAUUUCCACCGUCCAUUAGCCUGCGAUUCCUGCUGCUUUCCCUGCUGUUUACAGAGCAUGGAAGUCUCUUCUCCUCCUGGUCAUCUAAUCGGAACAGUGGAACAGGACUGGAGCCUGUGCUGUCCAAGUUUCUCAAUCAAGAAUGCAAAUGGAGAUACUGUUCUAAAAAUUGACGGGCCCUGCUGUACCGUUAGUUUCUGCGGCGACGUCGAGUUCAAAGUGAUGUCGGCAGAUGGUAGUACCGAAGUAGGGAGGAUCUCCAAACAGUGGUCUGGACUUUCAAGAGAGAUGUUCACCGAUUCAGACUUCUUCGGUAUCACUUUCCCAAUGGAUUUGGAUGUCAGAAUGAAGGCAGUGAUGCUUGGAGCAUGCUUCCUUAUUGAUUAUAUGUUCUUUGAAACAACUAACUAAAAGGAGUUGGGCAGUUCCUUCUGUCAUUUAAAAGACUACAUGUUCUUCGAGAAGAAACAAAAUAAUAAUUGAACCUGAACUUAUGAAGAUGUGAUUACAAAUAUUUUCGAUAUUUUACAUUUUUUUGAAGCUUUAAAAAUUUUAUCCCCAUGUAUUUUCAAAUAACUUUCUAAUUAUAGCUGCUCCGAGAACUUUUUAUUGUUCAUCGAAAAAUCCAUUUCAUUACAAGUCAAUUUUUUGACUGUAUGACAAACUUCCCUUGAAAUAAUUUCCAUUAUUUUACCCAUAUAAUCUUGUUUCACCUUUUAAUGAGGAAAGAUUGUAUAUGUUUGUGCCUUAAUAUUAUGUUACAUGAUGUUUCAGCCUCCAAAUGAUGAAAACUAUGCUGUAUUUUUUCUAAGAUAUAUAUAUUGAAGAUUUUAAUAUAACUUAAUCUGACCUUUUUUCAGAAUAGCAUAUUUUUUGCACAAAAUAUUGUACUUAUACAUUUCAUUGUUUUGCUUUAAACGCAUGUUUCUUUUUUGUUUUUUCUAACAUUUUAUGUCGAGGAUGUGGCAUAAUAUUAGAAUAUAUUCUUUUAUAUUUUAUAACGUUAUCGUUUUUCUGAUGUUUCUAUCUAUUCAUAUUUUGAGCUAAAAAUUAAAUUUUCUUUUAUGUUUUUUGACAUAUUAUACUCUACAUAUAUAUACCUCGUCCGUUGAAUAAAUUUUUAGUUCAACUGAAGUUAAAAUUUGGAAAUCAGGCCUUAAUAUUAAGAUUUAAUUGAGGGGCUCCUCUUCCACUUCGACCUAAUAGUCUAUUGUGCCCAAAUGAAGCCUUUAUUUUAGCAAAUUUUCAUAAUGUGGGUAUUUAAAAUUUGGUAAUUCCAUAUGAUUAAUAAAUAUAAAUUGAUUAUUUGUUUCAUCUGCAUGAAUCCAGAAUUGUUUUGUUUUAAAACUAGUCUCAAUAUUUUAUGAAUUUCACGUUAUAUGUAAUACAUUAUUCAUUCAAUAAAAAUGUGUAUCAGUGUUGUA